UCCCCCGCAUCCAUAAGCGGCCAUUUUGCCUUUCUUUCUUUCUUUUUUAUAAUUAUUGAGAGACUAUGGGAAAGGAUCUAAUUUCAAUGAUUGCAUCGGAUUCAUCUAAAGGGUGACUGGGUGAUGGAAUAGUGAUGAAACCUAAUCGGUGGGGAAAUAUGCUUCCUCUGCCCAGCUUCUCUCUUCCUUUCCUUUUUCUUUUUUUCUUCUUCUUCAUCUGUUUCCACUCAACCCGUGCCCAGUUCCUGCCAGAUUCUAGAGCAGGGCAACGCUUACUGCUCUUCACUCAGCCUGCAUACAAUGCAUCCAUAUUUGAGAACUGCGCUGCAAGAACCUAUACCAGAAGUGAGGUCAAAAUGGGCGUCAUUCUCGGGCCACCUUGGUCUUUUGAGAUAAAAUAUUCCAUUGUGUCUGGAGACAGUGAAGGCAUCUUUCAGGCUGAAGAUUUUGUAAUGGGAGAUUUUUGUUUUCUCCGCAUAUGCACUAAUGGAGGUAGUGGUGGUAUACUGAAUCGGGAAGUACAGGACAAUUACACUCUAACAGUUAUGGCAUCUGCCCCAGGAGGUCUAGAGGCCUUAGCGACUGUUUAUAUCAGGGUCUUGGAUACAAAUGACCUCCGACCUCUCUUUUCUCCAACUUCCUAUUCAUUUGUUGUUUCUGAGAGUGCCCCUCUCGGUGCCAGCAUAGGACGUGUAACAGCCACAGAUGCUGAUGUGGGCUCAAAUGGAGAGUUCUACUACUUUUUCAAGAAUAAAAUUGAUCUUUUUGCUGUUCAUCCAACCAGCGGAGUCAUUACCCUGACGGGCCGACCGCGGAUGGACAAACAGGACCGAUUUGAGCUUGAGGUACAGGUGGUUGACAGAGGGAUGAAGCUCUAUGGGAACAAUGGUAUCAGCAGCACAGCAAGGCUUGUCCUUACUGUGCAGCGUGUAAAUGAAUUUGCUCCUGUUCUCAAUGCAGUCGCUGUUGUUCCAUCGUGGGAAGACAAGGACCCAGUGUAUGUUAUAAUUACUGUAGAGGACAAAGAUGAAGGGCCAUCUGGCGAUAUAGAGUGGGUUUCCAUCAUUGAGGGCGAUCCCUUUGAGCAGUUUGUGGUUGAUCGUUCGCCUGUUGGAAAUGAGUAUAGAGUUAAAAUGUCAGAAGCUGUCAACUGGGAUACAUUCCCCUAUGGCUGCAAUUUAACUUUUCAGGCCAAGGACAGGGGUAUACCUCCCAAGUUUUCUAAUACCCAAAUAGCUCAGUUGUUGGUUACAAAACCAGACCCAGUGAUAGUGAGCUUCGACAAAGAUGUUUAUGUUGUCACGCUGAGUGAAAUCGCUCCCCCAGGCUCUUUUGUAGAGGUGGUGAAAAUAUCUCCGGCUCCUCUGAGAGUCAAUUACAGCUUCAGCAGCCCCUCAGAUCCAAUGUACUUUGAUAUAAACCCUUUGACUGGAGUUAUUAUGACCACCAGGCAGCUGACAAGGAUAUCACAGGAUUUCAUGGUGAUGGAGGUAGUUGAAAUGAUAAGUCAGCAGCAAACAAGUGUCCAAAUUCAAAUCGAGGAUGCUAAUGAUAACUCUCCAGUGUUCAACAAGCCAUCCUACGAUCUUGCAAUCAACGAGAGCUUACCUGUAGGUACUGUUGUUCUUGUAGUUUCUGCUGUGGAUGAUGAUAAAGGGGAGAAUGGGUAUGUAAGUCACACAAUAAGUGGUGAACAGUUUCUACCAUUUAGCAUAGACCAGAAAACAGGUGAGGUGAGAAUUACUAGAGAUCUGGACUUUGAGUCAUCAGAUGAUGUCUAUACUUUUGCAGUGCGUGCCUCUGACUGGGGCUCACCCUAUAGAAGAGAGAGUGAGGUUAACAUCACCAUACGUGUAAUAAAUAUCAACGACAAUCAACCUCUUUUUGAGAAGGUUUCUUGCAGAGGGAUGAUAAGUCGUGAGUUCCCUGUCAACCAGACUAUUGUCACCUUGUCAGCAAUUGACAUGGAUGAGCUAGGACUAGUUGAGUACAAGAUACUUUCUGGGAAUGAUUUAGAUUAUUUUAACUUAAAUCCAGACUCUGGGGCUUUGUCACUGAAAAGAUCGUUAGCAGUGGAUAGUUUAAAAAGUGGGGUAUUCAACCUCAAAAUAGUUGCAACAGAUGGAGAGAUGUUCUCUGAGCCUACAUUUGUCAAUGUAUCGGUGGUGAGGGGUAGGAUGCCACCCAGAGGGUUUAACUGCAAGGACACUAGGGUCGCCCAGCUUUUGGCAGAAAAAAUGCUCUCAAAAGCAUCUGCUAUGGCUAGACCAAGACCAGACGAGAGCUACGCUGAUAUUUUCUCUACGAACAAACAGGCUCCACAGUUUGAAGCCUUGCCUACAAGCAUUCUUGUGAGAGAAGACCUCGUUCCUGGUGCCAGUGUAUUUCAGGUGCGAGCACGAGAUGGUGACAUGGGCUUCAAUGGCCGUGUUCUCUUUUCCAUUCCUGAUGGUAACAAAGAAAACUGUUUCAAUAUCAACAUGGAGAGUGGGUUGAUAACUGUGCUGCAGCCACUUGACCGUGAACACGUGGAUCGUUACUUCCUUAAUAUCACCAUCUACGAUCAGGGCAUUCCUCAGAUGUCCAAUUGGAGACUACUGACAGUGAUCAUUGAGGAUACAAAUGACAAUGACCCCCAGUUUUAUCAGGACAGCUACUCUGCCCUUGUUUCAGAAAACUCAGCCAUUGGUAUGGAAGUUAUCACCAUCACUGCAUUUGACAGAGACAUGGGCCAAAAUGGACAGCUCUCCUACAUAAUGCUCACCAGUGUUCCUCAGUUUGGGAUCGACAGUGAAACUGGAAGUGUAUUUGUUGCUAGCCAUCUGGAUAGAGAAACAUUCCCAUUAUUCAUAUUGAAGAUUGAAGUAAGAGACUUGGCUGAAAGAGGCACUCGAAGGUCGUCAGUGACUACUCUAAGUAUAAUCCUGGAGGAUGUCAAUGAUUGUGCUCCAGCUUUCAUCCCUAACAGCUAUAGUGCUCGAGUUCUAGAGGAUCUCCCACCAGGGGCUGUGAUUACCUGGGUUCAGGCUCAGGACCCAGACAUUGGACCUGGAGGACAAGUUCGAUACUCCUUGAUCAAUGACUUCAAUGGCACUUUUGAGAUCGGUCCUGUGAGUGGGGUAUUGAGGAUUAGAAAGGACUUGGACUUUGAGAAACAACAGUUUUUCAACCUGACGUUACUUGCUGAAGACAGAGGAACACCCAGCCUUAGGAGCCAGACGUUUGUGGAGGUAGAGGUGGUGGAUGUCAGUGAGAAUUUGUAUGCACCCUACUUUCCCAACUUUGCUGUGAGAGGCUCCGUGAAGGAGAACUCUCGUGCGGGAACAAGUGUCCUGACAGUCAGCGCUAAGGAUGACGACAAGGGACGAGAUGGCGUGCUGAAGUACUCUAUCCAAGGAGGCAGCGGACUGGGCACUUUCACCAUUGACGAAGACACAGGGGUGAUUUACACUUCUGGUAUCCUGGACUGUGAGACCAAAGACUCCUACUGGCUAACUGUCUAUGCCAUGGACAGGGGGGUUCCACCACUGUCAGCUUCUGUUGAAGUCUUGAUCCAGGUAGAGGAUGUCAAUGAUAAUGCGCCCCUCACCUCGGAUCCUAUCUACCACCCAGUCAUCAUGGAAAACUCUCCAAAGGAUGUGUCAGUCAUUCGUAUCCAGGCGCAAGACCCCGAUCUUACUGCUAUGCCCAGUCGUCUGAGUUAUCGUAUUACUGCUGGCAACCCGCAGAAUUUCUUCUCUAUUAAUCCAAAAACAGGUCUCAUCACAACAACAGCGAGGAAGCUAGACAGAGAACAACAGGCAGAACACUUUUUAGAGAUUACAGUAAUAGAUGGCCCAGUGACCACUCGCCAGUCUACGGUGUGGGUCAUAGUUCACAUCCAGGAUGAGAACGACAACCCGCCCACCUUCCCAGAGGUCACCUACCGCAUCAGCUUGCCCGAACGAGACAGGAACAAACGCGGGGAGCCCGUGUACCGUGUCUUUGCUUAUGACCGUGAUUAUGGCGCCAACGGCAACAUCACCUACAGCAUUAUUAGCGGUAAUGAGGAUGAAAAGUUCAGUAUUGACCCCAGGACUGCUAUGGUGUCAUCAAAGAAGAUGGUGACAGCAGGCAGCUAUGACAUCCUCACUAUAAAAGCAGAGGACAGUGGUGAUUCACCAUUAUGGUCUACUGUUAACCUUCAUGUAGAGUGGAUUCGUAAACCUGCCCCCUCACCAGUGCCCCUACUGUUCACCCAGCGGUACUACAAUUUCUCCGUUUCUGAGACAGCUGCUGUUGCCCAGCCAGUGGGAGUCGUGGCUGUGAGCCAGUCCAGCACACGUGUCUGGUUCAGUAUCGUCGGUGGACGGCUUGCCAGAGAAAUGUUCUACAUUCCUCAGAAUGCAUGUGGAAGAAACUGCUCGCUGGACACAGGGAGCUUUGACAUGCAGUUUGACCUCCAGCUGGGGGUGGGGACUCUAGUCGUGGCCAAGCCCCUUGAUGCGGAGGUGCAGUCUGUGUACAACAUGACUGUACAGGUGACAGAUGGGACCAACGUUGCCACAGCACAGGUGUUCAUUCGAAUACAGGACAGCAACGACAACCCUCCAGUUUUUUCUCUGCCGACUUAUGACGUCAGCGUAUCUGAGGAUAUACCAGUUGACAUGGAGCUGCUCCGGGUUAGAGCAUCAGACAUUGAUGAGCGUGCCCGAUUGAGCUUCUCCAUCUAUGGCAGCGUAGACCCGGCGAGUAUGAGACUGUUUAGGGUCAAUCCUGGCACAGGAGUCAUCUACACUGCAGACAGGCUCGACUAUGAAGCCAGGACACAGCACAUCCUCACUAUUAUGGUCAAGGAUCAGGAGUUUCCAUUUAACCGUGACCUGGCUCGUAUCCUGGUGGCAGUGGAAGACUCCAAUGAUAACAUUCCCUACUUCACUAACACUGUAUAUGAUGCUACAGCCUAUGAGACUUUUUCUGUAGGUACAUCUGUAGUGCAGGUGACGGCCCUGGACAAAGACAAUGGAAUUAAUGGACAACUCACCUAUACUAUAGAAGCAGGUAACACCGGUGGUGUAUUUGGCAUUGAUAAUACCACAGGCCUUAUCAUCAUUGCCAAGGAACUGGACCUCACCUCUUUGGGCUUUUACACCCUCAGCGUGCGCGUUACAGACAGUGGAUUUCCUCCAUUAAUGGCCACUGCUUCAGUUCGCAUUUCCUUGAUCCUCUCUGACUUCUCCAAACCCAAAUUCUCUCAGAAGGAGUAUCAGGCUGAGAUAAUGGAGAACAGCAAAAUUGGAACAUAUGUGAUCACUGUUAGUGCCCUUAGCCGCUCAGCACUGAUUUAUGACAUCACCAGAGGCAACGAGGAGUGCUGCUUCUUUAUUAACCACCACACCGGUGUAAUCACUACACGCAAACCGCUGGACUUCGAGCAAACACCGUCCUACUUUCUGAUGGUGCGUGCUCUGAGCAUGGCUGGAGUGGAGUCCAGCACCACUGUCAUCAUCCAAGUAGGGGAUGCCAACGAUAGUCCACCUGUAUUCCAACAAAUCAGGUAUGUAGGCGUAGUCAGUGAGGCUGCUCCAAUCAACAGUGUGGUCCUGGCAGAAGACGGUAACCCUUUAGUCAUCCGGGCGACUGAUAAAGACCGCAACCACAAUGCACUGUUAGUGUUUGAGAUCAUCGAUGAGACUGCUCGCAUGUUCUUCAGCGUGGACUCGGGGACUGGAUCGAUCCGAACGAUUGCCAGUCUGGACUAUGAAACCUUCUCUGAGUUCCUCUUUCGGGUUCAUGUUAGAGAUAGCGGUCAGCCUCCCAGGAGUGCUGACAGCCCAGCAGAGGUAGUUAUAGAGGUGAUCAACAUCAAUGACUCGCCCCCAAAGUUCUCCCAGGACACUUACGAGACAGUCCUCCUCUUGCCUACCUACAUAGGAGUCGAGGUCCUUAAGGUUAAGGCUUUUGACCCUGAUAUGACCUCUGACCCCACAUUUAACCCUGACAAGUCUAUCACACCCCAGCUACUUUACUCUUUGGUGGACAGCAAUGCGGAGUAUUUUUCGGUUGAGCGAUACGCUGGAGUUGUGACGGUCAUCAAUCAGAAUCUCAAUAAAGACCGUUAUCGCUUUAAUGUGAAGGUUUGGGAUGGUCGUUUUUCCACCAUGACGCUGGUCACGGUGCUUGUCCGAGAAGCUAUAGACAGCGGAAUUCUCUUCAACUUCCCAGUCUACUCUGCCUCCAUCCCAGAGAACAUACCCAAUAUCACCUUAGUGACUGUGGUGAGCACAGUUGGCCACCGCCUCAAUGAGCCACUGAAGUACACCCUGCUGAACCCUGUUGGGCGUUUCGCCAUUCGGCCCACCUGUGGAGCGGUGUUCACUACCGGUGUGCCUUUUGACAGAGAGGAGAGGGAGAGUUAUAACCUGGUGGUGGAGGUCAGCAGAGAAGAUGAAAUACUGAGGGUGGCCAGGGUGAUCAUGCAAGUACAGGUGGAGGAUGUAAACGACAAUACUCCACAGUUUGUGAACCUUCCUUACUACGCUGUAGUGCAGGUCGAAGCACAGCCAGGAUCAACUGUUUUCAGGGUCUCAGCUACUGACAAAGACUACGGUUUGAAUGGACAAGUGACGUACAGCCUUAAGGAGCAGCACAGGAACUUUCAAGUGCAUCCUGUGACAGGAGAGCUGACCUUAAAGAGAGCCUUCGAGGCGGACUUAUCUAACGCAGAGUACAAACUGAUUCUCGUGGCCACCGACGGUGGCUUCCCUCCUCUGUCCAGCACAGUGGAGCUGCCUGUUAGUGUAGUAAAUAAAGCUAUGCCGGUAUUUGACAAGCCCUUCUACGGUGUCACUGUUAAAGAGGAUCUGGCUGUCUCCACCUCUGUCUUAUGUAUCAAUGCCAGCAGUCCUGAGGGUCAGGGAGUCAUCUUCACCAUCACAGAUGGAGACCCUUCCCUCCAGUUUGACAUUGGCUUUGACACAGGAAUCAUCAGUGUGAUUUACCCAUUAGACUAUGAGACUACACAGUAUUACCGUUUAACAGUGAAGGCUACAGAUACACUGACUGGAGCCAAGUCGGAGGUUGAUGUGGACAUUGUCAUGCUGGACGUGAACGAUAACCCACCACUUUUCCUGAACACCUCAUACUCAGCUGUGCUGUCUGAGAACUCCAUGAUUGGAACGCCCGUCUUACAGGUGUUUGCCCAGGACCAGGACACAGAAAAGAAUGCCGUGGUGAGUUACCAGAUCCUAUCCGACAUCUACAACAGCACCGACUACUUCAGCAUCGACAGUAACAACGGACUGAUAUACACGGCACGUCUGCUCGACUAUGAGCUCAUCCAGCGCCACAACUUCAUUGUCAGGGCGACAGACAGCGGAGACCCUGCCCUUAGCAGUGAUGUUAGUGUCUCUGUUACUGUAACUGACACCAAUGACAACCCACCUAAUUUCAGUCAAAUACUGUACGAGGCCUUUGUCAGCGAGCUGGCUCCCCGAGGACACUUUGUGACUUGUGUUCAGGCAUCAGAUGCUGACAUCUGCGAUGCCAGCAGGCUGAGGUACAGUAUUCUCUCAGGAAAUGAGAAAAUGACUUUUAUGAUGGAGCCAGAUACGGGGGUGCUUCGUCUGUCUAACAAGAGGAGACAAGGCAUGAAACUCUCGUAUCAACUCAAUGUGUCAGUGUCAGAUGGAGUCUUCACCAGCACUGCUCAGGUGAUUGUACGUGUCCUGGGAGCUAACCUGUACAGCCCGGUGUUUAGCCAGAGGUUCUACUUGGCCGAGGUCCAGGAAAAUGCGCCGGCAGGGUCAAAGGUCAUUCAGGUUCGAGCAACAGAUGAGGACUCCGGGCUUUACGGUCAGAUCACGUACUCCUUCAUCAAUGACCUGGGGAAAACUCAAUUCACCAUUGAUGCUGAUGGGGUCAUAUCCACUGUUCAGAAAUUAGACAGAGAAAAUCCUCUUAACAAGGACAUGGUGCUAACUGUUAUGGCCCUGGAUGGUGGAGGCCGUGCAUCAUUUUGCACCGUACGCGUGGUUCUUGCAGAUGAGAAUGACAACGCCCCACGCUUCAGAGCAGUGGAGUAUCGUAUGAGCAUUAAAGCAAAUGUUGCCAAAGGUUCACUUGUCACACAGAUCCAGGCCACUGACCCAGAUGCUGGGUCUAAUGGAAGGAUCACCUACUCACUUUACAGUGAGGCACGCCUGUCUCUGGUUGAUGUGCUGGAGGUGGAGCCAGACAGUGGUUGGAUGAUGACUAAAAGCACAGUGGACCACCUCCAGGGCACCGUGCUGUCCUUCUUCGUCAAAGCCACAGAUGGCGGUUCUCCAGCUAAGCACUCCCUGGUGUCCGCCUUCAUCCACGUUGUCCCUCCAGAUGCAUUUGUUCCUUCAUUCAGCCAGCCUCAGUACUCCUUCACUAUCCCUGAGGACACAGCAGUAGGAACAGCUCUGGGGUCUGUGUACAUGGGCGCUGGACAGACGGGGUUCUUUACUGCAGUCACAGGGGAGACACAUGACAGCAACCAGGAGGGGACCUUCCUGGUGGAGAAGGAGACAGGUCUCAUCCGUCUGGUUAAACCGCUGGACUAUGAAGAGGUCAGCAUCUUCCGCUUUAAAGUUGCAGCAACAACAAGAAGAGACCUGAUUGAGUCUGUCUCCACUGUAGAUCUGGAGGUUAAGAUCCUAGAUGUCAAUGACAACAAGCCAGUGUUUGAGACCAGCACCUAUGUGGCCACAGUGAUGGAGGGGAUGCCUGUAGGGACAAGAGUGGUCCAAGUGCGUGCUCUUGAUCCAGACUGGGGCUCUAACGGGCAGGUAAUCUACAGCCUUGGGCCUCUACUCACCUACAAUCUAGACUUGACAAGAGAUGCCCCCUCCUUCUCUGGGCCUAUCUCUACGAGUUCUCUCUUUGCCAUUGACAGUAAAACGGGUUGGAUCACCACAGUGAGUCAGCUGGACCAUGAGGCCUGCUCCAGCUACAGCUUUGAAGUAGUAGCGUCUGAUCUGGGCGAGUUACUACCUCUCUCCUCGACCACUGUGGUGACCAUCACUGUGUCAGAUGUCAACGACAACCCGCCGCUGUUUGAGAGGGAGCUUUACCGAGGUGCCGUAAAGGAGAGCGAUCCCCUCGGCGAAGUGGUGGCUGUUCUAAAAACCAAAGAUCGAGAUGGCACAGAUCAAAACCGCCUCGUCAGCUUUUACAUCACUGGGGGAAAUCCACGGGGAGUGUUUGGCCUGGCCCUUGUGCAGGGGGAGUGGAAGGUUUACGUGAGUGGUCUGCUGGAUCGUGAGCAGCAGGACUGGUAUCUGCUCAACAUCACUGCCAGCGACGGCCUGUAUGUCGCUAGCACGGCAGUGGAGGUUUCAGUUAUGGAUGCAAAUGACAACAGACCCAUCUGCAACCAGGCAGUUUAUAGCGCCUCUUUUCCUGAGGACAUUCCCAUUAACAAGGGCAUUCUGAGAGUGAGUGCAACAGAUGCUGACUCAGGCUCCAGCGCUGAGAUCCAAUAUUCACUGUUUGGCAUCGGGGUUGAAGAUUUCUACAUGGAUGCAAACUCUGGUGAGUUGCGUACAGCCGUUGUGAUGGACCGAGAAUUGACCCCCACCUACAAACUCAUCGCCCAGGCAACUGACGGGGGAGGCCUGUUCUGUCGAUCUGAUGUUUUUCUCAAAGUGUUGGAUGUGAAUGACAAUGCCCCCUUGUUCUCAUCCACUCAUUACCUGGCUAGUGUGUAUGAGAAUGCUACACCUAAGGCUUUGCUUACCCGACUACAAGCCAGUGACCCCGAUGAAGGUCUUAACCAUACAGUGGUGUACUCUCUGAUGGACUCAGUGAACGGGUUCUUCUCCAUCGACCCGGUAACUGGAGUAGUAGUUCUGGAGAAGUCUCUGGACAGAGAGAGCCGAGACUCCUAUCACGUUCGUGUGCAGGCCACUGAUCGAGCUGGACAACAGGGGGCACUGUCCUCACAGGUCGACUUGACCAUUUUGGUGCUAGAUGUGAACGACAAUGCUCCAGUCUUUCAGAGGAGAGACUAUGCUGUCACUGUCCCUGAGGACGUAGCCGUGGGAACCGAGGUGGUGCGAGUACUGGCCACAAGCGCUGACAUCGGCUCUAAUGCUGAGAUCACUUACAACAUCCGGUUGGGGAAUGAGUUGGGAAAGUUCACCAUAGACAGGAAAUGGGGCUCUAUUUCAGUGGCUGAUGAUUUGGAUUUUGAGGUUUGUAAGGACUACUACCUCACUGUCGAGGCCUGGGACAAUGGGAGCCCCCCUCUUAGCACAGCUACGAUGGUAACCAUUGAACUUAUGGAUGUCAAUGACAACGCUCCGACCUUCAGUCAGGACAUCUACAAUUUGCUAGUCAGCGAGGAUGCAUCUGUUGGGCAGACAGUUACAAGGGUAUCGGCCGAAGAUCUGGACAGCCAAGUGAAUGGGCGAAUCACCUACUCCAUCCUGAAAGGUGACCGAAGCAACCACUUCUGGAUUGACCCUGUAGCAGGACUUCUCAAAGUCAAUAAGAAGCUCGACAGAGAACUCGUAUCCAGGUACUCUUUGUCGGUCCAGGCGUUUGACAGUGGCUCUCCUGCGAUGUCCUCCACUGUCACAAUCAACAUCGAUAUCUCUGAUGUUAACGAUAACCCCCCUGUUUUCACUCCUCUCAACUCUACAGUGGUUAUACAGCUAAACCAAGCUGCUGGUACCACUCUCCUGCAGUUAUCAGUAAGUGAUAAAGACUCUCCUAAAAAUGGCCCUCCCUUUGAGUUUCGGAUCAAGUCAGGAAAUGAGGGAAAUUUCUUCUCCUUGGACCAGACUGGGACUCUGAGGUCUAACCGUGUGUUUGGCCCUGAAGCCCCCAGAGAAUUCACUCUUGAAAUCCAGGCAAGUGAUUCUGGCAAGCCUAGCCUCACCUCCGCUUCCUGGGUAUUUCUGAGGGUCAUUGGGAACAGUCAGUACAAGCCUACUGUCUCCCCUCUGGAGAUCUUCAUUGUCAUAGUCACGGAUACCUUUCCAGGUGGCCCGAUCGGUCGGAUCUCUGCCACUGACCGUGACCCCAGUGACGUUCUGUCAUUUACCCAGAAGCCUCAGCCCAAGAGCAUGUUUAAGGUCAACAGACAGGAUGGCAGCAUUAUAGCGCUGCCAGGCCUGGAACCUGGCAGAUACCAGAUGAAUGCUACAGUGAGUGAUGGACGCUUGGCUGUGAUAGCUGAUGUUUCCAUCCAGGUAGAGCAGGUGACAGAUGUCAUGCUGCGUAGUGCUCUGACCUUACGUUUCAGGUUGCUGUCCCCAGAGGACUUACUUAGUCGCUACCUUAGCCAGAUUAAGCUAACAUUACGGGGACUAGGUGGGUGGAAAUGGUCACCAGGGCAGCAGGAUCCUCUCCACAUACUCAGUGUACAGCCAGUGAUGGGGACAUUGGACGUGGACUUGCUUCUAGCCCUGGAGAGGCUGGAGACGCCGGUCAGUGGACGGAUGGGUGGGUUCUACUCCCAGCAAGAGCUGUCUGCAAAGCUGGAGGAGGCGGCAGAACAGGGUCAGAUCCGAGGUAUCCUAGCUGGGGCUGUGGUGGUGAGCAGCGCUUGUUCUGGGGAGCUAGAGUGUGGGGACAGAGUAUGUGAAAACACACUUGUGAUGGAUGGUAGCUCGCCUGUCACUUACAGCACAGAGAGGGUCAGCUUGGUGUCGCCUACGUUCAGCCGCAAAGAAACCUGCACCUGCCCUGGAGGGACGUGCCCCACCCCCGUAGAGCUCUGUGAAGGUCAGUCCUGUCCAGCUGAUAUGCAGUGCGUGCGCUCUGGUCCUGCGGCGCCAUCUGUCUGCCAGUGUCAGCCUGAGAGACUAGAUGAGUGUGCAGGCCAAACCUCGCUGAGUUUCUCUGGAAACAGUUACAUCAAGUACAGAGUGACAGCGAGUGACCAGAGUGGAGGAGAGAUGAAGCUCGGCCUGAGGAUCCGAACGCUUCAGAGAAGAGGAGUCAUUAUGUUCACACGGGUUAACCCCUGCACCAUGCUUAAGAUCGAAGGGGGUCGACUCUGGUUUCAGUUGGACUGUGACAACACCCUUGGCAUUAUGGGUAUAUCUGGAAGACCAAUAAAUGAUGGUCUCUGGCAUGCAGUUACUUUAGAGCUGACUAGGAACUACACACUCCUGUCAUUGGAUGACAGCUACGUGGAACGCCGACGGGCAGCUAGAGCCCCUGUCCGUCUUUGGCCUCUGGCUCCAGAUUCAUCAUUUUUCUUUGGGGCCCAAGUUAGGCCACUAAAUGGGCAAGGUGAGAGGCCAAGCACAGGAUCAGGGAGGAGCCAGGGAGGGCCAGGACUUGGCGAGCGUGGUGUGAAGGGCCCUCCGAGAGCCCAGGACGGCUUCCAGGGGUGCCUGGGCUCGCUGAUGCUGAACGGAAAUGAGCUGCCACUCCAGAAUAAAAGGAGCCGUUACGCUGAGAUAGCAGGGCUCAGUGAGGUCAAACUGGGCUGCGUGCUUUAUCCAGAUCCAUGCGUCAGUCAGCCCUGCCUCAACGGUGCAAUCUGCAGCAGCCUUCCCUCCGGAGGUUUCAUGUGCACUUGCAGUGUUGGAUUCACUGGGGGGCGCUGUGAAAUUGAACUGACAUCCUGCAUGCCAAACCCCUGCCAGAAUGGUGGGGACUGCAAGCCUGUAGGCAACGCAUUCCUCUGUGGCUGUCCUACAGGACUCGGGGGACUUAUAUGCGAUGAGGAUGUCGACGAGUGCGACCAGGAAGUGUGCGGAAAUGGAGGAGAGUGCGUCAACACCUUUGCAUCAUUCUACUGUAACUGUUCAGAAGAGUAUGAGGGUCAGUUUUGCGACAAUCUGACACCUGGUGAUCCGGGGGAUGACACGCAGGCUGAGCCUCUGUCAUACGUCGGACCAGGAGAGAUAAUUGGGAUCGGGGUCCUUGCCUUUGUCAUCGUUUUCCUCCUCAUACUCUUCAUCAUCUUUAGGAAAAAGAUCAAAUUCAGGAAAGACUCAGAUCCAGGCCCAGGCUCUCAGACUGGGAUGGGCAUCUCAUCUAUCUCAGCAGAAACUAGCUACAUGCUGCACAAGACUGGCAUGGGAGCAGAAGGGAUUGAGUUUAAAGCCGUUCGUGUAUCAGGCUCACCAGCAACCACAAGCACCUAUGGUGAGGUGGGAGGCAGCAGUGGGGGCCCUCCCCAGGUCAUGGUGCGUCCAACUGCCCACUCCCCUCUACCAGGAGGACUCAGUGGUGACAGGACCACUUCCAGCGAAGGCAGUCAGAUUAGCAGUUUCCUCUCAGACAUGUCUAACGUCCGAGGUAUGGCCAAUAGGCGGGGCGUCGCAGUGUGCAGCGUGGCACCCAAUCUCCCUUCAGCAUCUGCUUGCCGCUCAGAGCAUAGCCCGGCCCACAAAGUGUCCUGGGAAGGCGAAGAAAUAAGGGAGAAAGAGCUGGAGAGGGCUAGAGAUGAGAGAGAGGAGGAGUGGGGGCAGAGAGCUUUUGAGCUGGAGAGAACACAGAGAGAUAACAGUCCACAGGAUGUGUCGGAGCUGGCGGACGGGCUGGGGUGUCUCUCAGACUCCACUUCUGAGGAGCGCUCACUCAGCUCCUACACUUCAGAGUCCUUCGACGACAACGCCUCCAUAGUGACGGUAAUACGUCUAGUCAAUGAUGCCGUUGAUAACAUUGAAAGUGAAGUGUCAAACAUGGACAAAGAACAGCGGCGUAGCAGCCCUGCAAGUCGCCACCUGCAGAGCAAAGAUGAGAUUUGUGUAGAGUUCAUCAAAGAGUACAUUGUGGAUUCAUACAGAUGGGAGUCUUCCUGUCAGACUUCAAGCUGGGUGUCACCAUCACGCCUUUGUCCACCAGAGGUAGGAUCCCAUUAUGAGCUUAAUGACACCCAGCAGAACAUCAGACGUGGAGGCAGCACACGCUCUCUCCAGCUGGACUACAGAGUGAUGGGCCACAGUGGGGACAAAGGCCGUGAGCGGACACAGGAAACCGGGAGGAGAACCUUUCAGUGGGAGAGGAAUCAGUCUGGAGAGUGGGAGAGAAAACACACCCCGGACAGAAAAGAAAAGAGAAGGUACAAGGAGGAAGGAAAGAAUACAAGCAUCAGGAGCAGGGACAUGGAGGGACACCAGGACCACGGCGAUCAGCAGCAGCUGCAGGGUCAAGACAGCUGUGACAGCAGCUCCUCGCCUGUGUAUGAAGAAUACCAAGAGUCCAGUCAUGAUCCAGAACAAAAUGAAGACACAGAGAGCCUUUAUGAUACUCUACCCCCAACUCGGCGAGCCUACGAAGGAUACCCAUCCAGCCCCCCAGGGCUCAACCUGCAUCCAGCUCAACUUAUGCCCCCCCUCAGGGCCUGGGACUUACAGACAGAGGAGUGGAGGGGAUCACAGGAAGAUCACGGAGGGCUUGGCUCUAGUAGUCUGGCAGGUUCUGGGGAUGAGCUAGAAAGACUACUGAACCUGGUGUCACUGAGAGCCAGGAGAGCCACACGAAUAAACAGAGCCUCCACCCAAUCUGAUCCUGCAGCAGGCUGGGAUGGACUGAAAUGAGCUGAUGCUCAAGACUCAUUAAAACAAACAGAUUUUAUGUCCCUUUGCAAAUUACAGUGGCGGCGAUCCUCUCUGAUUACAGUUCGCAUUUAUAACCUACUCUACCAUUGGUCCACCACCUAAAAAAAAAUAAUUGAACAAGCAUAUUAACAUACACACUUUUAUUAUCCGACAUUAUUAUCCUUGUGUACAAGCACUAAUCCACCACCAAUCCCCUGGCUCAUUUAUAAGCUGGAGGAAUAAGAGGAAAUAUAUGUGUCUCUUCACAGCUUCACCUGUGCUGCAUGUGCUCCGAUUGGCUCUGAAUCAGUGCUUUUACAUGUAUUAUUUAGAGUCACUGAAGCACAGCAUUUGGAGCCCCGUCUGUGUCCGUUUUAGAUCACAUCCCCGUGUCUGCGCACGUUUUCAAAUCAUGUAUUUCACACAUCGUUUUGUUGGAUCACUAUUAUUAUGUUAACUCAGCCAUGCGAUACUUACGCAUUUAUUCUUUUUGCUGACACACACUCAGGGUUGUUUUUGUAGGGAACUAUUCACUCGCAUCCCACACAGAGCCUGAGAGUAUUAAGAUUACCUGAGGUUGGUACCAGGAGAUCUUUUACUCAAUCAUUUAAUUUUUCAAUAAUUAUUUAUUUCUUCAUAAUUGUGUCUUUGCUUAUGAGUCUCUUCAUAAACAACAACACGUUACAGGCAUCUGGUUUGCGUAAGUAUGAUUAAAAACAGCACUCUAGGCAUAUUUUUUUAUUUACUCAAUCAACUGUUCUUAAUGAAAGUGUGUGGAAGUACACAGAGAUACUUAUUAACACACAUCCGAGUAUUAAUCAAAAUGUACAUAUUGUAAUUUGAAUAUAAUGAAGCUUUAGCACUGCUUCAGACAGGCUGAAGCCCACUUUACACCUGCUGUUAACAUGUGAGAUGAAUUUUUUGGGGCAUUAUGUGCUGAACGGCUUAGAGAAUUUGUGGACAUGCAACCGUGAAGUACAGAAUCACUCACCCAGGACAUGUGCUCGUGGUUGGCUCGCUGAUAACGCAGUGUAAAUGCUGCAGCAUUCCCAGUUCACACACA